UUCCUCUAUAUUAGACUCCUCCUUUUCUGUACUUUCCGUCUCGUCUUUCCAUUCGCCUCAGCGGCUCGGUCGUACCAUCACGCUACUUUGGAAUCCAUUCAUCUAGACCUGAAGAAUGUCGGCCGCCCAAAAGAAACAGAAAAAAGCUAUUGAGAGCAUCAACUCUCGCCUUGCUUUGGUGAUGAAGUCUGGCAAAUUCUGCCUUGGUCUCCGCCAAACCCUGAAGACGCUUCGUCAAGGAAAAUCCAAACUGGUGAUUAUCGCCAACAACACUCCCCCACUCAGGAAAUCGGAGAUUGAGUACUACGCCAUGUUGGCCAAGACUGGUGUUCAUCACUACACAGGCAACAACAUUGAGCUGGGCACAGCAUGCGGAAAGUACUUCCGAGUCUGCACUAUGUCGAUUACUGAUCCUGGAGAUUCCGAUAUCAUCAGGUCUAUGCCUGCCAGUGAAGGUGGUCAAGGACAGUAACACAUGUAAAGUUCUGUCUUGUAUGAUGUGAAAUACACAUUUGUACCUAA